CAUUUUCCUCACAGUCUCAAUCUUCCCUUUCUUUCACACUUUACCACUCUGGUUGUGAUACAUUCACGCACUUAUUAAGUAACAAUUUUAAUAAAAUUGCACAUAAAAUCGAGAUUUCUAAAAAUACACCGAGGAAGUUUCAACACUAUCAGCCGUUGAAUAAUAAUUUAAUUAUUUAAAUAAAUAAAAAGUGUCCCAACAUAAUCUCCACUCCACUUCAGUCUCGGGUGGUGACACUGAUUUUAACUUGUUUGCACAAAGUAAUUGGCAUUCUGUAGGGCGAUUGCUUCACUGAGAUUUUGUGCAAAAUAAACAAACUCCCGUCUCAUAUCAAUCUCGGCCUUCAAUACUGAUUAAUUUCAAUCAGGCAGUACAUGACAUUGUGUGAAGUCGGCGUUCCAGGUGAAUCGAUUGACAUAAUUGUAGUUUCACCACGAGGGCAGAAACUGAAACUGUGCUGCACAAAUAGCAAAAUAUAGUGAUAAGAAGUUACUGAAUUGAUUAACUCCAAAGGUCUCGACCGUUCUUUUGCACUUCAGCCAUUGGCAGUGAAAUACCUCUAGUUGGUACAUUUAAUAUCAGCAUUGGUGAUAAUUUGACAUUCGAAAAUCGCGUCGUGAGUUUUUAAACAUCGUCUUGAACCCAUCAAGCUAGAAAAAUGGUCAUCAAGAGAGUUCCGGGAGUAACCGGCAAACUUGCCCUAGCCAUCGCAGCGGCCGCUUUUGGAUCAUCCUUCCAGCAUGGCUACAACACGGGCGUGGUCAACGCACCGCAAGCUCUCAUUUCUCAAUUCAUCAAUGAAACCAAUUUUGCACGAACUGGAGAGUACAUGGAGGAAUCUCGAAUUACUUUUAUUUGGUCCUGGACUGUUUCAAUUUUUUGCGUUGGUGGUAUCGUGGGUGCUCUGUUGACGGGAUUAAUUGCAGACAAACUUGGAAGGAAAAACGGAUUAUUAUGGAACAACGUGCCGGUUUUAAUUGCUGUAAUCUUGGAAGGAUUUUCCAAAUCGUGUGGGUCGUACGAGAUGCUGAUUGCGGGUCGAUUCUUCAUAGGUUUCAACUCUGGACUGAAUGCUGGUCUGGCUCCAAUGUACUUGGCUGAAAUUUCCCCCAUGCAUCUCCGAGGUGCCGUUGGGACCAUGUAUCAGUUGGUUGUGACCAUUUCCAUUCUGGUCUCUCAAAUUCUUGGAUUGGAAAGUCUGCUUGGAACUGAGAACAAAUGGCCAUGGCUCCUGGCUGCCACCAUCAUUCCAGCUUUCUUCCAAAUCUGUACGCUACCUCUGUGUCCCGAGUCGCCGAAAUUUACUUUGUUGAAUCAAGGAAAAGAGAUUGAAGCCCAACGUGCUCUGACCUGGCUCCGAGGAACAAUUGAAGUGCAUGAUGAACUGGAUGAGAUGCGUGCUGAAUAUGAACAGAUGAAAUCUAUGCCCACUGUUACGUUAAAGGAAAUGCUAUGCAGCCCUGCUCUCCGAAUGCCAUUGAUCAUUGCUUGCAUGAUGAUGUUGGCUCAACAACUUUCUGGCAUUAAUGCAGUCAUUUUCUUCUCGACAAAGAUCUUCACCUCUGCUGGAUUGGAUGAGAAUACUGCUCGAGUGGCAACGUUGGGAAUGGGAACUUGCAAUGUCAUAAUGACUGUUGUGUCGCUCGUCAUGGUGGAGAAAGCUGGAAGGAAAACUCUCAUGCUUUUCGGACUCUCAGGAAUGUGUGUUGAUGUAAUUCUGCUGUUUUUCUGCAUUCAAUUCAAGGAAAUCGGAUGGGUCUCAUAUGUCAGUAUCUUCCUGGUCAUAUUCUUUGUCGUCAUGUUCGCGUCCGGUCCUGGAUCAAUCCCAUGGUUCUUGGUUUCUGAACUAUUUAGUCAAGGUGCUCGUCCAAUGGCAACAUCGAUUGCAGUCGCUGUGAAUUGGAUUGCCAACUUUGUCGUCGGGCUCUCCUUCCUGCCGCUCUUGGGCUUGGUGGAUGCAUACGUGUUCAUCAUCUUUGCCGGUCUGUUGGGAUUCUUCAUCGUGUUCACAUACUUCAAGGUUCCCGAAACAAAGGGGAAGACUGUGGAAGAAAUCAGUGCCCUCUUCAGACAGCGUGGGUACACCCAAGGAUAGAUAUUUGUUAUAUUCGUUAGCCAAAUUAGUCUAAAACUAUACCAAAGGUUUCAACCCUUUUAAUUUUUGCAAAUAUAGAGAAGAUCAGAAACAUGAACAAAUUAUUUUGACUUUGAGAAAAGUAUAACAUGGCCGUUCAAAAUUAAAAACAAGUGAUUUAUUUUUUGAAGACUACUAAUUUUUAUACCAACUACAUUACUCGCCAGUCAGAACAAGGUAGCUAUAUAGUGAAAAUAGAUUGUUAGCGAGUUCGCAGGGUGGUUAGUGCACUAUGUAGAACCAUAAAAUUAUCAUGAGCACACAUAUUUAACUGUCUUGAGUCUUGUAUUUCGACAUCGGCAGUGACUAUGUUCAGAGAAAAUACACUGAUGCAGCGAAUGUUGAAAAAGUAAGAAAGCAUGAAAAACACACCGUUAAUAAGAUUUAUAGUGUCUGUGAUGUGACUUGAAGUUGCUUAAUUUUUAGAUUUAAGUAGCUUAUUGAUCGUGCAUACAUGGUAUUGAUUACUGAUUUGGUGAUUAAGUUUUUUUUACUCUUUGCUCGUGCUAUGUUUGUUUUAGCAGUCCCAAGCAAUCAUCCUGAAAUGAUAACUGGUUCAAAACUGUAGAAAAUACAAUAUUUAUUCCUACUAAGUUUGUAAUAUAAUUUGUACUAGACAGGAUUUAGUUGUAUACAAUGAAAGUGUACUUUACAGAACGGAAGUCAUAGGGUGAAAGUGUGGGUGAAAGUCAUGCAUGCAGACACUUCGUAAAAAGAAUGACCAGUUACAUUAAUUUUAGUGAUAGUCAAGAGGGCAGGGGUGUGACUGAGUGUGAUUUAUCAUAUUAAUAAUAGUUAUUUUUAUUUGUAAUCUUGAACUUCUUGUAAACGCAAUAUGUUUAAUGUGCUGGUUAACAUUCAAUGCCAAUGUGCGGCAUUCUAAGGUGCUGCAAUCGUACCUUAAACACUACAUAUAUCAUGUAUUUAUUUAUUACGAAAAUUUAAUUAUCAAAGAUAUUUUUACUUUUACGAGUUGUUUCACCCAAAUAGUAAAGUCCAUGUACACAUGAAAGGAAUGAAUACAGCGAGGUGCUAUGUGGUUCAAUUUAUUGAUUCCCUUAUUGAGCAGUGCAGACUCGAUAUGCAAGUCUAUCGAGAACUCGCAGAAAGUACGAUAAAUUGGUUUAGGCUGUCACAUGUUAAUUAGAAAGUUCUUACAAUUAGAAGUGAAAGCUUUCUGUGAGCUGUACUAUUUCUGUCAGGCGUUUCGUUUCGUUGUAAAAUCAAAUACAUAUAUCAAGUACUUACCGAACCAGGGGAUACUCGUACAAUAAUUUAAAAAAAUGUUACAUUAAGAUAAUUACAAAUAUGGAUAAAUUGAUAAAACAGUAUUCUAUUAAGAUAUGAUGAUGUCGAGUAUAACGUGAUAAAAUUAUCAUGUUAGAAAAUGUAGUCGCAAAAUUAAACUCGGUAAAUACUAUUUAUUGUACAAUGUAUUUGAAAAAAUUGUGCUUCCUGUCUGUCACCCAACUAUGAUUAUCAAGAUUAAACAUUACUCGUUCAGUGUAAAUUUCUUCGAAAUUCCAAUCCAGAUGAAUCAAUUUUCUCUUACAUGUUGGUGAGAUUUCUGAUCUAAUUUCCAUCAUCCAUGAGUGAAUAAAAUAAAAUAAAGUUCAGCAGUCCAUGAUACAUCA